AUGGCUGACCACGUGGACAAGAAGCCGCGCAUUGGCGAGGAGCUGUGCAUCAACACGAUCCGCAUGCUGUCGGCUGAUCAGCCGAGCGCCGGCAAGUCGGGCCACCCGGGUGCCCCCAUGGGCUGCGCUCCCAUGGCUCACGUGCUCUUCGGUAAGACGAUGAAGUUCAACCCGAAGAACCCCAAGUGGAGCAACCGCGACCGCUUCGUGCUGUCGAACGGCCACGCCUGUGCGCUACAGUACAGUAUGCUGCACCUGACGGGCUACGACCUGCCCAUCGAGGAGCUCAAGAAGUUCCGCCAGUUCGGCUCCAAGGCCCCCGGCCACCCGGAGAACUUCUGCACGCCCGGUGUCGAGGUGUCGACGGGCCCGCUUGGCCAGGGUAUUUCCAACGCCGUGGGUCUGGCCAUCGCCGAGAAGCACCUGGCCGCCGAGUUCAACAAGGACGGCCUUGACAUCGUCGACCACUACACGUACGUCAUCUGCGGUGACGGCUGCCUGCAGGAGGGCGUUUCCUCGGAGGCCUCGUCGCUGGCCGGCCACUUGGGCCUGGGCAAGCUCAUUGUGCUGUACGACGACAACAAGAUCACCAUCGACGGCCACACCAAUCUCUCGUUCACCGAGGACGUGCAGAAGCGCUACGAGGCCUACGGCUGGCACGUGCAGGUCGUUGAGGACGGCAACUACGAUCACGCCGCUAUCCUCAAGGCCGUCGAGACGGCCAAGACUGUGACCGACAAGCCGUCGCUCAUCAAGAUCCGCACCAUCAUCGGCCUUGGCUCCAAGAUCGAGAACACCCACUCGGUGCACGGUGCCCCUUUGAAGCCCGAUGACCUGGCGGCCACUAAGGAGAAGUACGGCCUCAAGGGCUCGGAGACCUUCUUCGUCCCUGAACAGGUCAAGAAGUACUACGACAAGACUGCGUCGGGCGCGGAGCACGAGAAGAAGUGGAACGAGCUUUUCGCCAAGUACACUGAGAAGCACCCCAAGGAGGCUGCUGAGUUCACGCGCCGUAUGGAAGGCAGGCUGCCGGCCGACUGGAAGAAGAACAUGCCCAAGUACACGGCCGCGGACCCUAGCAAGGCUACUCGCCAGCACUCAGAAAUCGCGCUGAACGCUGUGGCCACGGCUCUGCCCGAGAUCGUGGGCGGAUCGGCUGACUUGACCCCGUCCAACCUGACGCAUCUGUCCAUGUCGGGCGACUUCCAGAAGGACACUCCUAUUGGCCGCUACAUCCGCUUCGGUGUGCGUGAACACGGUAUGGCCGCGAUCUCGAACGGUCUGUUCGCCCACGGCGGUGUGCGUCCGUUCUGCGCUACCUUCUACAACUUCAUCGGCUACGCUAUGGGCGCCGUGCGUGUGAGCGCUCUGUCGCGCUUCGGUGUGAUCUACGUGGCCACCCACGACUCGAUCUUCCUGGGUGAGGACGGCCCGACCCACCAGCCCAUUGAGAUGAACGCGGCCCUGCGCGCCAUGCCCAACAUGUACGUGUACCGUCCGGCCGACGGCAACGAGACCGUGGGCGCCUACAUCGCUGCUGUGGAGAACCAGCACAAGACGUCGGUGCUCGCUCUGACUCGUCAGGGCCUGCCGAACCUGGCCAACUCGACGGCCGAGGCUGUGGCCAAGGGUGCCUACAUCAUCGCCAACGUGGCCAAUGGAGCCGAGGUGGAGUCGCUGGAGGGCGAGCCCAACCUGGUUCUGGUUGCCUCUGGCUCGGAGGUGUCGCUUGCAAUCGACGCUGCUAAGCUACUGACCAGCUACAAGGUGCGCGUCGUGUCUGUGCCGUGCCGCGACCUGUUCGACGAGCAGUCGGUUGAGUACAAGAAGGAGAUUAUUGGAGAGGGCAUCCCGACCAUGAGCGUGGAGGCCGCCGCCACCUUCGGCUGGUCCACGUACUCGCACUCGCAGUUCGGUCUGGACCGCUUCGGUGCUUCGGCCACGAUCGCGCAGCUGAAGGAGCAAUUUGGCUUCAACCCCAACACGGUCGCUGACGAGGCCCGCAAGCUGGUCAAGUACUACGAUGGCCGCUCGGCCCCGAGCCUCUUCGACCGCCCUGCCCCGCGUGUGCUUAAGGCUGCGGACCACUAG